UCAACCAAUUGUUAAUCGACCGUCGUCACGAGCAGUAAUCGUUGGAAUUAGUGGAAAAGUUUUAAACAUCUGAAAGUGCAAAAGUGUGCAAAAAAGAAAAAUCUUACUAAACGGAAACGCUUGUUGCUUUUUCUAACGCCACAAAUAUUAAACAGUGAAAAUGAGUUCUAAAUCGUAUUUUGAGGAUUCGCGCGACGAAAGCCAAGGUGGAAAGCUGUCCAGAAAAAUAAAGGAUUCGCCAUUCAUGAUUAUUGGUUUGGCUGGCUUCGUAGCGGCUGGCAUUAUUGGUGCUUAUAAAUAUAAGAACCGUGGCACAAUGAGCACCAGUGUUUUCCUAAUGCAACUUCGUGUUGCGGCGCAGGGAACCGUUGUCGGGGCGCUGACGUUGGGUCUCGGCUAUAGCAUGGCCAACGAAUAUAUAUUUAACAAAACACCCAAAGAAAAUACAAAACAGUCUCAAUAAAAAUAAGCCACCUCUGUUUACAUAUAUGUACAAAUAUUCACAAUAACAAGCGAAAUGUGUGCAUCAAGGAUUUGCUGCAAAUUCUGACCAAACUGAAAUCCUCGUUAAGAGCUGGGACUCUCAUACUAUAACAGUUACAUAACAUAUAUACUAAAUAUUUUCAUACAUAAUUUUUAGCUAAAGAUACGUACGAUAUAUGAUAAUUUCUCCAGGUUAAGCAUAAAAAAUAAUGAUGGAUAUGAUAAAAUCACUUUACUUAGGAAUAAUGGCAUUAUAUUGCCUGUGAUAUGCAAGCUAAUGAAUACAAAAGUUUACUGAACAGAGAUGCUAAUUAGCUAAUAUUGUAGUUUUGUAAUGUUGGAAUGAACUAUUUAUAAAAAAAAUACAACAAACAUUUUUCGUUAAACGAUGUAAUAAAUAAACAAACGCUUAUUUUUAUGUAUGAUUAUUUAAGUUAAAUUUAAUAAAAUAUCAAAAAAUAAAAGAUGUAAUAAUUGAUAAUUAAAGAGUUUUCAUCAAAUCACAUAUGUAAAUAAGUAGACGCCCAAUGGGCAGAAUGUGUGAUUUUGUUCAAUAAAGGUUUCAAAUUGCUCCGCUACAACAACAACGUUAAAAACGCAA